CCGAGCUUUUCCCUUCCUUAUUUCAACCUCGUUGGCUCCUGCUGCCGGAAAGAUGCCUUCACCAAGUUUGCGGAUGCGCUGGUUAUACGUAUCCUGCCGACAUCAGCAUUCAAAAGCCAAUACUUCUUUACCUCAAAACAAGAUAUCAGGGCGCGUCCCUUCCAUCACCAUCAACCAAGCAAACCUUUUUAGAUACGGUCCGUCCUCUGCUCCCGUCUUCAAAAAUCUGUCUUGGAAUAUAAAUGAAAAAGAGCGUUGGGCAAUUAUUGGCCCCCUCGGUUCGGGCAAAACUAGCAUGUGCGAGGUAUUGAUGGGCAAACUACGAGCACAUCCAACCGGAACUGUGGUAUAUCCCUUCAUCGAACCUCUCUCCGAAGCUCAGCCGAAAGAGUUCUCUCAUUUGUCUCUGUGGCCCCAAGAUCUAGUACGCCAUGUUUCCUUCAAAGAAGAGUCAGGGCUCUUUGAUUUCAGCAAACACUAUUAUCAGCAGCGAUUCGAGUAUAUUGAUGAGUGGGAGGACAUCACGCUACGUGCAUAUCUAGAGUCUUCUCUGAAGGGCCAGGAGGAAGAGUCUAUAACGAAGAAUGUGGGCAGACAAGUUCUGGAGGCGGCUGAAAGAGUUGGCCUUGGUCAUCAUUUGGAUUUAUCAUUUAUGAAGCUAUCAAACGGCCAGAUGCGUAGAGCAAGGAUUGCAAAGUUUUUGCUGGCCAAGCCGCACUAUCUUCUUGUCGACGAGCCAUUCAUGGGUCUUGAUGUCAAAAGUAGACGAGAAAUCUCAGAUCUGCUCGGACAAGUCGCUGACCAGGGUUUGACGGAGGUUAUCCUCACAUUGCGACCUCAGGAUGAACUGCCAGAAUGGGUGACACAUGUCCUUCUGUUAAAUCGCGACAGGACUAUUCGGUGGCAAGGACUAAGGGAACAAUGGGCGCAGCAAGCCCCGACGGAAAGUAUCCUUUCGCAACACCAAGGAUUUGACAAUAAGAAGCAUGUAGAUGUGGAAAGUCUGAGUGAGCCAGUGAUAGAACUGCAGAACGUGAACGUGUCAUUUGGCGGAACUCCCAUCUUGCGCGAUGUCUCAUGGACAGUAAGGGCUGGUGAACGUUGGGCGCUUAUGGGACAUAAUGGAUCGGGCAAGAGUACUUUAUUGUCUCUGCUUCUCGGUGACAACCCACAAGCUUAUUCAAAUGACAUAUCGCUGUUUGGAAAGAAACGAGGAACCGGGGAGACUAUUUGGGACAUUAAAUGCCAAACAGGCUUUUCGUCACCGGAACUCCACAUGUACUUUACAAAACCGCUAACGUGCCGAGAAGUCAUCGCUACCGGCUUCUUUGAUAUUCCUGCUCUCAUCCGCUCCCCUACUCCCGCGCAAGACAAGGUGAUCAACGCUUAUUUAUCCGAAUUUUGCAUUGAACAUCUCGGAGAUCGCCCUUUUCGGCAAUUGUCGACAGGCGAACAGCGCUUCGUUCUUUUUGUCCGUGCUCUUAUAAAGGAGCCGCGACUACUGGUCUUGGACGAGCCCUUCCAAGGACUGGACGAAGAGGCGGUAGAGCGUGCCAAAAGAUGGUUGGAUACGAAAUUACGCAGGGACCAGACUUUGAUAUUUGUGACCCACUGCUUGGAGGAGAUUCCGGCAUCGGUGGACAGGCUCCUGACACUGGAAGGAGGGAGAGUGGUGAAGCAUUUGUAGACUAAGCUCUGUUUAGUAGUAUAGCACACCUGCCGUUUUUUGGAUAUCCUUGUAGACUUCUGUGGUCGUAUCUAAGUGGAUGCGUUUGCGCUGAGGUUCGUGAGUCGUUUGCUCAUGUCGAAUCCGCAACCAUGUACAUACCAUAGAGCUUUGUGCGUUUUAAAAAGAAAAACACUUCUAGGACUAGUAAAUGUAACCCGACGAGUACUGGAAACAUUGCAAAAUCAUAAAUUUUACAUUGAG